AUGACAGAAAUCGAGGUCUGGACGGUUUCCGAGCCCUUCCUUGAAAUUAGGUGCCAGUUAGGGGAGGGUCCAGCAUACAACGAAGAAUCCCAGGAGCUUCGGUUCCUAGACAUGAAUGAAAAAGAAAUCCACUUCGUCGACAUGAGCACAAGCCCUGUCUCACUGAGGACGAUCAAGACAGAAUGCCACGUUGGCGUAACGGUAGACAUCGAAGGCGUUCGUGACGAAUUGCUAGCAGCUGCAAAAUACGGGUUCGCGACGGUUGACAGGAAGACUGGGAAGAUGGAGUGGCUCCAACGAGUGUAUCAGGCACCUGAAAUGGAAGCUAGAAUGCGGAUGAAUGAUGGCGCCGUUGACUCGCGCGGACGGCUUUGGGCGAGCUCGAUGAACGACACCCAUAUCGUGGACCACUGGCCAAGAUACGAGGGCUCUUUAUUUCGACUCCACGUGGAUGGACAGGCACACAGCGCCCUUCAUCGAGAGCUUGCAAUCCCUAAUGGGAUCGCCUGGAACAUCGCGGACGACACCAUGUACAUUACAGAAUCAGAGUCGAAGGAUAUCUACGCGUUUGAUUUCGAGCCCGACACGGCCCAGAUUUCCAAUAGACGGGUCUUCUUCCACAACGAGGGCGACGGUCUGCCGGAUGGACUCGCGAUAGAUGUGGAAGACUGUCUAUGGAGUGCGCUGUUCUUUGGGGGUAAGGUCAUCCGUAUAUCCCCCGUGGGCCAUGUCAUCGGGGUAGUCAAUCUCCCUUGUCCACUUGCUACAAGCAUCACCUUCAUCGGCACGGACUUGAUCGUUACGACGGCUCGCCACGCUGAAAAGGUCCCCUCUCAAUUUGGGGGCGCUGUCUUUCGAGUCAGCGUUGCUGUCCGGGGCUGUCGCGCUCGCACCGCCAGACUUCUUCCUUCGUAA